GAUUCAGCGAGAAGAACCGAGACCUGGCGAGUGAGAGACCGAUUCUGCCUGCGGAUCCGUUAAGGACAAAGCGAAAGGUUUUCAUGAUAUUGAAGCUCCAUUCAGACAUCUCAGCUUGGUGGAGGUAUGACAUUAACCAGGGGCUCCUUCACUUAUUCCAGUGGAGAAGAAUACACAGGAGAAUGGAAGGAAGGUCGGAGGCACGGUAAAGGAGAGCUGAAGUUUGCUGAUGGCACCUGUUAUAAAGGUCACUUCGAGAAUGGCCUGUUCCACGGAUCAGGGGUGCUAGUAUUUCCUGAUGGAUCCAGGUAUGAGGGUGAAUUUGCCCAAGGAAAAUUCCAAGGGGUUGGAAUCUUCAGCAGAUUUGACGGGAUGAAGUUUGAAGGGGAAUUCAAAAGUGGCCGUGUUGAAGGAUUUGGGCUGCUGACAUUUCCAGAUGGUUCCCAUGGUGUUCCACGGAAUGAGGGAGUUUUUGAGAAUAACAAGCUUCUGAAACGUGAAAAGUGUCAGGCUGUGGUGCAGAGAGCCAAGAACUCUGCAUCCACUGCCCGUGGCCACUCUGUAUGAAAAAAACUGACCUCAGUGAGAACACCCCCAACUGCGGCUUCCAGAUCAGGCCCCCAAAUACAAUACGAAUUGCACAGGCACAAGUGAAAAGAGCAACAUGGAUCAGUGUUCAGAGGUGAUCACUGCCUUCAAAAAACGGAGCUUGAAAAUACGUGAGAACCAUCAUACCCUCAGGGAUGGAUGAAAGAUUUACCAUUCGACAUGUCUCUAUCUCUCUCACAUUGUUGCUCUGCCUUGGUUUCCUCUGUGGCUUAAGAACAUCACAAAAUUAUUUAAGCUUGAGAUGGGGGCAUGGAGAAACAUAGGCUGGUAUAAGGAUGGUCAGAAUGUGGGCAGAUUGUUUUUCUUUCCAAAAAAGAACUGAAUUUGCCUUUGUGAGCCUGUGAUUGUAUAACUUAUGUUUGACUAUAUCGGUUUUGUCGUUACUGUACAGGGAUCCCACGGUCAAGGACAACCUGGAAAUAUCAGGGAAUUUAAAAACUGGCAUUUCUAAUGCUGGGAAAGGUAUGGAAAUAAGAAAAAAUAUAAAAAGUUGUGGUCAUUUCUAUAAUGAAAUACUGGAACUUAGCAUAAGUAAUCAUCUGCAAUCUCUAUGAAGUGAAUAAAAAAAUUGAAAAUAUCCAGUAAUCCAGUAAUGAAUGAUGAGAGGAAAUGAGAAAUUAAUUGGAGAAAAAGUGUGGGAAACCUAUUGUUUUUACUUAUUUGCAUAAAAAAUGUACUUUCUUUUUUGCACAUUUGCCUUAGUUCUUGCAUAAAAAGUCACGUUACUUUUCAUCAAAUUGUCUUAAUGAUUUAUUUAUUUUUUAAUUUAAAGAGCUCUUAAUGAGUACAUAUUAUUUACUAAAAGAUUAUAGGCUAUUGUUAAAUAAUGUUUUUAAUGAUAUUUUUCCUAUAUAAUGCAGGGAACUAAAAUUGUUUCAAAUGUAUUAGGUGAUUUGCAGAUAUACAGUACAUCAACUGCAACUGUACUUUUAUUAUUAUUUUCUGAAUUGAAUGCUUAUAGCUCACUCUUCCCAUCAUGCGCAGUGUCAGAGCGAAGCCUUAGUCACUAUUAUCAGAAAUAUACAGGCACCAAAUAUAAUUUUUCACUGUUAUUUAAAUGAGCAUAGAAUCAAAACACUGACAUGGAACAUAAAAUAAAAGUCA